AUGUUUAAACGACUAUUGAAGAAGAAUACCUUGGGAAGGAAAAAGGAUACUUCUGGUACUGAAUUACUAAAAAAUAUCGCUGCUUCAGAUGGAUUGAAAGAAAGCGAUGAUUUUAAUGAAGCCUAUAAUGUAGCUGACGGAUGUGAUUUGAAUUCUGUUCCUAAGAGCAUGCCAGUUAACGACUCUUCUCCUGUUUUUGAAACUAUUAAUACAAGUGGCGUCCAAAGUUUGGAUGAACCUUCAUUUAUUAAUUCAACAUUACCAACAUCAAAAGUUGAUUCGAGUCUGGAAAAAUCAUUCGCAAGCGAAUAUACCCAUGUUGAGAAGCCAGUCUUUUCUCCAACUAAUGAGGAAAAUAAUUUAGAUAUAGAUAUAGACAUUCACAAAGUUUACGGUUUGGAAAAUUUUGGUAAUACUUGCUAUUGUAACUCAAUUUUACAAUGCUUAUAUAAUAUGAAUGAAUUCCGAGAAAAUAUUUUAGGUUUAACUCCAUCAAUAGAUGCUAAGACUGCUGAAAUAUCCAGUAUUCCAAAUGAUGAAAUGAACAACAGAACAAGUCCAAUAGAAGAUAAUAACGUUGAUUCCUCGCAUUUGGAAAAUGAUUAUACCUACAUGAAAUCUAAAGAUGAAAACAAAAAUACUAGCAACAUUCCGGUAUCUAAAUUUAGAAGACCUUUGAGAAUUUCUUCUAAUGUAAAUGUAAAUCCAAAUGGAAGAUUUCCUGGGUUGAAUCUGGAUGAGUAUUCAGAUCUCUCAUCUUCUAACGAGCAAUUUAUAAAAGAUGGUGAAAUUUUACAGGAUACCAAUGAAACCAUACCCGGAAGAGAUGCAGUAAAAUCCGAUCCUAAGGUUAUUGUUGGAAGGUUAUUGAAAACUGGUGAGGAUAAUGGCAAUGCACCAAAUCUUCCAUCAUCGUCUGUUUCCGAAAAAUCAAUUCCUUUACAAAGUAACCAACUGCAAAAAUCUGUUACAGCAGAAAGUAACGAUACCUUUUCGAAUGCAGCAAAAAUAUUAGAAGAUAGAAAGAGAAGAGCAUUUAAUACAGGACCUGUUGUAAGAUUAAAGUAUCCGAUUAAAAUGCCUGAACAUAACCUGUUUAAGGGACUUGAGGAUAUUUUUAGAGCUAUAGCAGAAAGUAGAACUUUAACAGGUGUAAUAUCACCUGGGGGGUUUAUGGAAAUAGUUAAAAAGGAAAAUAUCCUCUUUGCUACAGAUAUGCAUCAAGAUGCUCAUGAAUUUUUAAACUUUCUACUAAAUGAUGUCAGCGAUUACUUGGAUAAGGCAAAUACUGAAAAGAAUCCUGAUAAUACAAGGUCUGGUAAUGAAACGAAUUUUGUGAAUGAUAUUUUCAAAGGUACAAUCACUAAUCAAAUCAGAUGUUUAACUUGCGAUACCGUGACGUCUAGAUAUGAAUCAUUUUUAGAUUUCCCUAUAGAAGUUAUUGGAGAUGAGACAAUUGAUAUUCAGAAGAUGAUGAUAAGUUAUCAUCAGAAAGAGAUGUUGCAAGGAAGUAAUAAAUUCUAUUGUGGAACAUGUUUCGAAUUACAGGAAGCUGAAAGAUUGUUAGGUCUAAAAGAAUUACCAAAAACUUUGGCUAUACAUCUAAAGAGAUUUAAAUACUCCGAUGAACAUGGCACAAAUGUAAAAUUAUUUAAUAAGAUAAAAUACCCAAUAACAUUGAAAGUGUCAUCAACUUUUGAUGAAUCUGUAUCAAAAGAUUAUGAAUUAGGUGGAUUAGUAGUACAUAUUGGUAUAGGACCACAACACGGUCACUAUAUUUCCGUUUGUAAAACAUCAGAUUAUGGUUGGCUGCUUUUCGAUGAUGAAACAGUAGAGUGUAUUAGUGAAGAUACUGUGUUGAGUUUCGUUGGGGACAGCAAUAGUGCAGGCACUGCUUAUGUUCUAUUUUAUAAGGAAAUUAAUAGUUCAAGAAAUGUAGAAAGAUCCCAGAAUGAACACUUGGAAAACGUAGAAAAGCUUCUAGCAUAUGAUGAUUUUAUUAGACAAAGAAUGGUGGUAUCAGCACAGGCAGAAGCAAUUGCGGCACAGAAUUCUGUUACCGAUGUUCCCCAAGAUAAUAAAAACCUAAUAAAACAAUCAAAAAGGAAAUCCAAACUAUUUGGUUUUAAAAGACACUAA